GUUCUUUUUCUCAGAGUGUCUAACUAUGAGAUCUUCUGGUACACACACAACCUCUUCAUUGUCUUCUACGUCAUCCUGAUGGUGCACAUGGUCGGCGGCGCUCUGAAGUAUCAGACCAACAUAGAGACCCACCCCCCCGGCUGUUUGAGAGCCAAUCAGAGCAGCCCGAAGCAGCAGGAUGAAGGUGAUGAGAGCAGAUGCAGAGAGGAGGCCCACUUUGAGCCACAUUACCCUCAGACUUGGCUUUGGGUGUCCGGUCCCCUCUGUCUCUACUGUGUGGAGCGUUUGUAUCGCUACAUCUGGAGCAGUGACCCUGUUUCCAUAGUAACUGUGAUCAGGCAUCCCUGUAAUGUUAUUGAGCUGCGCAUGCUGAAGAAGAACUUCAAAGCUCAGCCGGGACAGUAUAUUGUUCUUAACUGUCCAGGCGUGUCUUCAUUUGAGAACCAUCCCUUCACACUGACGAUGACACUGUCUGAGGAGCGGCACCGUCUGCUCUCGUCCAGGCUGCAGGUGGGUCGGCCCAGGUGGAAGUUACUCCUUGACGAGAUCGGAAAGAGCAACAAACAUAAUCGAGUUGGCGUGUUCUGCUGUGGACCAAAAGGCAUCUCCAGAACUCUCCGUAGACUGUGUAACUCCUCCCGAUCCUGUGGAACGACCUUUGAAUUCAACAAGGAGUCAUUCAGCUGA